AUGCGUGUCAGCGUCCUUCUCCCAGAGGUAUUUUUGCCUCAGUCUGCUAUUAAGCUAGGACGUUUGGUCAUCAAUAUCGAUCAACCUCACCAAGAGUACCAUGAUCCACACCUGGAUCGGGAACCCCAAAUUAUUGAGAAAGUUGAAACUCAUUACCACACCACCGACUCGCUCGGGACUCACGGCAGUUUUGUUUCCCAGCUUACCACCUUCCUCUCCUCUUCCGUGACGAGAAAUACGAAACUAUCUACUUCUAUCACCACUAAGCAAGUAAAAACCUAUUAUCUCGACAAUAAUGGACAGUGGUUUCGGGAUGCCGUCAAGUGCGAAAACACACGGAGGUGGAUCGAGCGUACUAUUGAUGAAGGAGAGGAUAUUUAUGUCGUGAUUGGGUACCACACUGCUCUUGACGCUCGUAUUGUCGAACAAUCGCGAGGACAAAAUUUCUUGAAGGGAAAUCUACAGGUUCCGAUUACGAGUCUUUUUGCCGCAUCAGGAGUCAUUGUCCCAUUUGGUGACCUCCCAGAUCCUAAAUUGGCAGGCUCUGGUGGGCAUACGGAGGACCAACAACGGCAUUAUGUGGCCAAAGGCGAGCAAGUUGUGGCGGUGCAAUACCGAAAGAUACGCUUCAACUUUUUUUCUAGCAAAAGCGUGGAUAAAGCAAUCCUAGCAAAAGAGGCAAGAUGGGAAAGAUAUGACAGGCCUCGCUACCUACAAAGUGAUCCAGAAGACAUGUUGGAGGUUGAACUUGAUGAUGAUUUGCUACUUGGAGGUGACCGCACAAAGUUUAUAGCAGAAUCAGGGGAUUUCAUUUUGUCGAGCAUGAGCACCGGUGUGAAAUAG